AUGGAAAAGUGUCGUCGCCGCGACCUGGACUCUCAUCCAGAACAGGAGUCCGAAGGAAGGAGAGGAUGAGGAAGGGGGCCAUUGGCCAUUGGCCAUUGGCACGUCUGUCGGUUUAUGCAACAUUUUAGCAAUUAUAUUCGCGUCGAGCGACAUUACAACGGCAAUUACACGCAGGAGCCGCAGAACAUCGCCCGUGGGCGGAUGGCAACGACUUUCGGGGGCGGGGCACUCCAUCCGUCCGGCGCUUUGGCAUUCCGGCAUUCUGGCAUUCCGGAGUCCCUGUCAUCGUCACGUGGAACGGCAACGUGA